GUCAAUAUAAACGGAUCAUCCAAUCAAAUUCUAAAACGUGGACGAUCAGGGUUGGUCCUCCGCUUAAAAACCUACGAGACGGAGCCCAAAUUCAAGCGCAUCUUCGACAUUUUUCUUCACGGUUUCGGAACAAAAACUCUCGGUGACUGGUUAAAAUGGCAGGGAAGUACAUCAUAGGAGCUAUUUUGGGAUCCUUUGCAGUUGCUUAUACUUGUGACCAUAUUAUCUCUGACAAGAAGAUAUUUGGUGGUACCACCCCUUCAACUGUUUCAAGAAAGGAAUGGUCUGAAGAAACUGAUAAGAAGUUUCAGGCUUGGCCUCGCACUGCAGGGCCUCCUGUCGUGAUGAACCCUAUCAGGCGCCAGAAUUUCAUCGUCAAGGCCCGGCCGGAAUAGUGAAGCUUACAUCUUUGGCACAUCACUUGCUGAUUUUGUUUUUCUUGCCUUGCAAAGACAUGCUCAUAAAUUCUUCUGUAUUCCAUUAGAUGAUGCACCCUUGAAUCUAGCAAGGUGGACACUGUUUCAAAUCUUGUCUUUGGGCUUCAGAAUGAGGAUAUAUUGUUCUUGCAUACAAUGGGUUUUUACCAUAUGAUAUGGAUUUUAGGUUUA